AUGCCAGUCACAAGCUUCGACAGCGAGAGUUCAGGAACGAGUGUUUCUUCAUCUAGAUCCCGUCAUUGGAAAAACCGUAACGAACAUGUGGGUACCCAGCAACAACGUGAUGGGACACCAGUCGCAGAUAAGACAGGAAAUGAAGUGGAUGGAGAAACUGAAGGAGAAGUAGUAGAGACGGAUAUCACUUUGCCAGACGAUUCGAUGAUAGACCUAAGGAAGAGUAAGCAUCGCACACGCGGAGAUUUAGAGGAAGAGCCCCCAGUCCCUUCACUUGAUGAUUCGCUUUACCAACGCCUAAUACAGAUUAAAGGCUCAACCGCUUCAAAAAGUUCCAUAGAUAGAGUCGAGACCUUACUUUACAACUUGCAACAAAAAGUACUAGAUUCCACUCGCCCACUCACCUUUUUACUCGGUGAAGAAGUGCAACAGGAAGAGCAUCACGAGGCCAUUAGGGACACAUUGGAUUUAAUUGCAGAGUCCUUCCACGAGAUUACCCAACAACGCCAGAAGAAUAUUUUGCAGAGUAAGUCUCUUUUCGGGCGCACUUUCGUCCGUUCUAUGGUCCGGUCGGCGGACAACCAAGCCAAACUGGGAAAUCUUAGCCGAGGAGGGCAUUUCAGCCGUGAGGGGCACUCUUUCCGCAAUGGCGGCAAUUUUCGCUCAAAAGAGAGUUACUUUAAAAACCAAUUUGGUGGCAGUGGAAAUGGUCGAGGAGACCAUAAUCUUCAUGGCCAUGGAGGCCACAGUUCAGGAUAUGGUGGCCGAGGAGGAGCAAACAGCAGCCCGGAAUUUCAUGGCGGGCAUCCGGAAUUUCACCCGGCUAACGGAUUUGAGGCGUUUAUAAUCGCAACGGACGAUGCACGUAAAAAGGCACUACUUAUCCACUAUGGUGGCGAAAAAGUAUUCGAGAUCUUUGAAACCUUGGACUCGGCAAUCUGGGUAAAAGUUCAGGCCACAGCCAACGCCGCUGCCAUUGAUGAAACAGCCUAUGAAGCGGCAUUACGAGCUCUGAACGACAACUUUAUUCCCAGAGUCAACACUGACUUCGAAAUCUUCACGUUCCGUCAGGCAAGGCAACACAUCGGUGAGACUAUUGACGCAUAUCAUACACGGUUGCAACAAAUAGCCAGAUACUGUAGCUUUCCAGACAAAGACAGAGAAGUCAAGGCACAGUUAACAAUUGGUUGCACCUCUACUGACCUGCGAAGGAAAAUACUGGAAAAACCAGCCAUGACGCUGGAGAUGGCGUUGAACCAAUCCCGUGCUCUCGAAGCGGCCGCUAACCAGGCUGAUGUCAUGGAAAAGGAGACAGAGCAAGUUGUCCUUGCGCUACAGCACAAACAUUCAACUCGCAACCGUCCCAGGAACUCAGAUUACCAACAUCAGCACGAGACCGACAAUCGGAAAAAUACACAACCCUCAGAAAAUCGCACUUGCAGUUUCUGUGGGGAAACUUCCACAUCCAAUUGUCUUCGUGCCCAGCCUGCCUGGAAACAAGACAUCCAGAACCAAGCUCAGCGCGUCAAUGCCAAUGAAGUGCUCGACUCAGAGUCAGAAGAAGAGGUAGUUUAUCAAUUAACGGCCCAAGGUCUAAAAAACUCGUUGUACACCGCCCGCAUCAACAAUGUCCACGUGUCGGUCAUUGCGGACUCGGGUUCAACAAUCACGCUUUUGGAUCAAGAGGCAUAUAGUAGCCUGGGAAGUCCGCCACUAAUCACAACAACUGUUAUGGUUUUUACCUAUGGAGCAACACAACCUUUGCCACUGCUAGGCAAACUUAAUGUCAUGGUCUCAUAUCACGAGUGCUCUGUCAACAGCACAGUCUUCGUUUGCCCGGGUAACAAUGGGAACCUACUGAGCGGCAAGCUACCAGCAUAUCUCGGGAUUCUGAACAUGGCCAACACCAUCAGUGAACGGCCGACAAAUUCAAACAUCCCGGAAGAACAACUCAAGUUUCCUGGGUUAUUUAAAGGUAUAGGAAAACUUAAAAACUUUACCGUCAAGCUGCACAUCGAUACUUCUAUCACGCUCGUUGCAAAUGCCCAUCGACGAAUCCCACUACACCUUCGCAAGGCAACUGAACUGGAACUCCAACAUGUAGUAGAAAUGGACAUAAUUGAACCUUUGGAAGGACCCACACCAUGGGUGUCUCCUGUAGUCGUGGUCACAAAGCCGCACGAUAAUACCAAAAUCAGAAUAUGUGUAGAUAUGAAGCAAGCCAACAAAGCAAUCCAGCGGGAACGCCAUACAACUCCCACGCUCGAUGACAUCCUUUCAGACCUAAAUGGAGCAGUUAUGUUUUCAGCUCUAGAUCUCUCCCAUGGCUACCGCCAGCUAGAACUAGACGAAAUGAACUCCGCUGCUGAAGUAUUCCAGAAUGCAAUACGACAAACACUUAUUGGAUUGGACGGUACCCUAAACAUCAGUGAUGAUAUUUUGGUUUGGGGAAAAGAUGAAAAGGAACAUGAACAACGCCUUCACUCAGUUUUAUCGAGACUUAACAGCCUCAACGUAACCUUGAAUGCAGCAAAAUGCCGUUUUCGUCAAGACAAAGUCAAGUUUUUUGGCUUCAUCUUUUCCAAAAGUGGUAUUCAAGCGGAUCCUAACAAAAUCGAAGCAGUGACGUCACUUAGCAGAUCUGAAUCAUGUGAGGCGGUGCGAAGCUUCCUGGGGAUGGCGAAUUAUGUUCGAAGAUUUGUUCCGGGUUUUGCCGACAUCACGGCUCCACUUCGAGAGCUAACAAAAAAAGAUGCAGUAUACAAGUGGACAACUAACUGUGAACAAUCUGUGAGCAAAGUGAAAGAAAUGCUAGCCAAGAAACCUAUUCUCGCUUACUUUGAUACCAACCUACCAUCGAAAAUCAUCGUAGAUGCCAGUCCAGUCGGUCUAGCAGCAAUCCUUACUCAACGGAAAAAUGAUGACACAAGCCACAUAAUCGCUUUUGCAAGCAAGUCCUUGUCCCCAACGGAACAAAGAUAUUCCCAACUUGAAAGAGAGGCGCUUGCUGUGCUGUGGGGAUGCCAACACUUCCACACAUACGUUUUUGGACAACAAGUCACAGUGCUAAGUGACCACAAACCGUUGGUUAGCAUCUUUAACAAUAGUAUGUCUCACCGCAAGACUCGCUUGGAAAGAUGGAGUCUAAAACUAGUACCCUACAAUGUGACAGUGCAACACACGCCAGGGGCCACAAACCUAGCUGACUAUCUAUCUCGACAUCCGGUAGACAAAGAUCAAAACGCAGUCGCCACCACAUCGGCCGAACAACAUGUAAAUUUCAUUGUAGUAUCAUCCCUACCGAAGUCCAUGACGCUGUCCGAAGUAGAAGAGGCAUCAAAAACAGACUCUGAAAUCUCGCAAAUCGUGAAAGCAGUCAAAUCGGCCAACUGGGGCGCACUAAAGACAUACCCCUACUUCAAAUUCAAGGAACAGGUAUCAGUGGUUAGUGACGGGAGAAUACUCCCAAAAAACAACAAAAUCUGCAUCCCUCAACAGCUCCAACGAAAGGCAGUCCAGUUAGCUCACCAAGGCACUAAUCCGUAG